AUGGAGAACAUCAUGUAUGGUCGGGAACAAGCAAAGACGCAGGGCAAGCCAGACUGGGAAAACUGGGAUCUCAAGCCGACAAGCUACUUCUACCCUGAACGAGAUAUCGCAGAGGGCCGCUUGACCAGCGAGGCGACGAAAGAUCAGCUCGCUGACGAGUUUCAUGACAAGAUCAUAUUGAGCAAAGAGCAAGCAGACGAGUUCUUCGCGGCACUGGAAGAGGAUACCAGGAUGCUGUCUCACUACAAUGCGGUGGACUACUCAUUGUUCCUUGUUCGCAUCAAGACAGACGAUUCUGCACAGGAGGUCACAGAUCCUCAGACGUCAGCUUCCCGAGAAGCUGACGUCGUGCCGCGAGCUCCCCCUUCGGUCCCGCCCGGCCCUCCUUCUUGGCGUACGGGCAUCCCCAGCCCAGAUGGCAAACAUGUCUAUCGUGCUGCGAUCUUGGACUUCUUCUGGGCCAAGCACAAGGUCCAGCCCAGACUGAUGACUUUUCUGAUUUCGGCUUGGAACUUGUUGAUCAGCAGGCAUGGACAUAUGAGCAUCACGACAACACCAGAUGAGUAUCGGGAGAGGUUCUUAAAUAUGUGCCGGGAAUACGUCGAAGUUAGAGAGUAG